AUGAAAUAUCUUUUUUAAACUUUUCACUACUUGCUAUUGUAGACUGUUUUAGCCUAGUUGAUGAUUGAUACAUACAAUUAGGUAGAUAUAAAGGGAAUAGAGUUUGAUUGGAGUGCAAGAACUCUACCUAUAGGAGAUUAAUAACUUUUAAUUGCCUAAAAUAUAAGAGGGUAUGAUUAAUUAUUCUAAGUUGAAUUAAUGAUAAUAGACAUAAUGAAAAAUGAAGUUUUUAGACAAAUAACAAUAGGAGGAGUUUAUGAGAGUACUUAUUGUCCAGAUAUACUCAUCAUAGAUGAUUCUAUUUUUAUUGCUUUUGUUAGUGAAAAAGAAAGUUCUUUAUAUGUUGUGAUGAAGAAAUAUAGUUUGUCUUUAUAAGAAUCUAAUGUAAAAUUCAAUUUAGGUAAUACUCUCUAUGAAGUAAAAACAAUAUAAAAAAUUUAAUACAUUUAAUUAACUUAGUUAAAUGAAAAUUUAUUGUCAAUAAAAUGGUAUUCAUUAGGGAGAGAGUAUAAUACUAAAUAAUGGAAUAUGGUAUUGUAUAAUCCAACAACAGGAGUUAAAGGUGAAAAAAUAAUUUUGCCAGAUAGUGAUUUUAUAUCAGUUACAUAAAAUAAAUUAGGCGUUAUAGCAAUAGCUUAAUCAAAUAAUAAUAAAAUAAUAUUAUCCAGAUUAUAUGAAGGUUAAUUAAUUACAAGAUCAAUUCCAGCAGUCUCUUAUUCACAACAGAGAGUAAAAAUUAAUAGUCUAUCAACAAAUGAAUUUAUUGUUAUUAAAUGGACUACCUAAUAUAACUUUGAAAUAAGAAGAUUUAAUAAAUAUUUUGAAGCUUCUCAGAAUCCAUUUAGAAUUUAAACUAAAGAAUUUUGUAGUGUUGAAAAAAUUUAAUAGAUUGAUAUAAGUUUUACAGAAUCAAAAUUAAUAUUUGUAAGUAAAUGUGAUGAGGAGAUAAAAUUAUAAUAAAUUGAUUUAUUAAAUAUUGAAAAUAAUUAAUACAUUUCAGAAUAAUAUAGAUAGAUUAAAACAUAGAAUAAAUAAAAUAUAUAAUCUAUUUAAAUUAAUUAUAUUGAUCAUAAUAGAUUAUUACUUAGAUGGUUUACUCAAAAACAUUACUUUAAUGAAUUAAAAGUUCAAUUAAUAGAUAUGAACUUAAAAAUUAAUGAAUGUAUAUUAAAUUGUGAUAUAUGUGAUAACAGAUUUAAAUGUUAAUAAUGUUAGUAAAAUUAUCAAUUGGAUACUAUUAAAAAUGAAUGUAAACCUAUAUGUCCUAUUAAUUGUUUAUAUUGUUCAGAUUCUACUUAUUGUGAUAAAUGUAAAUUGGGAUAUUAGUAUACAAAAGAAAAUUUAUGUGUAAAUCCAGAUAAUGAUUUUAUGGAACUAAAAGUUAGUAGAGAAGUAGAAACAAAAGGAAAAGGGAAAUUAAUAAAUAAAGAUUUUUAUAUUAUCGUUAUUUAUAGUAUUUAUUAGAAUGAUAAAUAAUAAUAUUUAGUUAUUAGAAAACUAGAUAAUUAAGGAUAAUUAUUAAAGAAAGUAGAAUUACAAAAAGAUUAAUAAACAUUACUUGAUUAUGAUAUUGCUGAUUCUUUAGUUGAUGAAAUCUUUUAUAUAUUAAUUAAAUGGGUUUCAGUUGAUGGAUCUACAACAAUUAUUAAUUAUUCAUAUAAUUUAGAAGACUUAACAAUAAAAGAAGAAUAUUUAAUAACAGAUAAAUCAACAAUAAUUGUUGGAGAUUAAAUUAAGAUAAUUAAUUAUAAAUAAUAGAAAAUUUAUUUUUUUUAUUUUACUAAGGAAAACGAUUAUUAUACAUUGAAAUAAAUCAUAAUGAAUUAAAAUGAUGUUUAUACUAAUUCUAAUUAUUACCAUCUAAGUUAUAAAGAUAAUUUUGAAUUAAAAUCAUAUAGAAAUUCUAUUGGUAAUGAAUAUAUGACAAUAUUAAAUGAUGAUUAUUAUUAAUAAUGUCAGAUUAUGGACACUAGUUUAAAUUGUUAUUAAGAUACUAAUCAAGAUAGAACUGAAUUCUUUUCAUAAAAAAUAAUUAAAAUUGAUCAAAUUUCAUUAUAUCUAGAUCAGGAUAUUUAUUUAAAUAGAUAAUUAUAUCUAAAUAAUACUGAUAACUAUAAAAUAUAGAUAACAUAAUCAUCAAGAUAUCAAUAAAAUCAUACAUUCAUUUAAAUAGGAGAAAAUGAUAUUAUUAUUUUAUGGUCUGGUAUUUCAAAUAUCCAAUAAAACAAUCCAAUAUCAAAUAUUUAUAUUUAAGGUUUUUCUAAAAAAACUAAUUAAAUUACUAAUUUAAAGUCAUUUACUUGUUCUCCUGCAUGUUUUUAAUGUUCAGAAACUGGAGUAUGUUUAUAAUGCAAGAAUUAUCAUUAUAUAUUAUACAAAGGAAAAUGUAAAUUAUAAUGUAUUCAAAAUUGUGAAUCUUGUUAAGUAGAAAAUGAAUGUUUAAAAUGUAAAUUAAAUUAUUUCUUGGAUUCUUAAUCUAAAUGUGUUUAAACAGAAAAAGAUUACAUUUUAUAAAAAUAAAAUUAUUUGUAUCCUACUGUAUUUUAAAAUGAUGAUGGAACAGUAUCUAUUGUAUCAAUUAAAAAUAAUGGUACUAAAUAUGAUAUUGUUUAUGAAGAAUUUGAUAGAUAAGGAUAAUCUAUUUCAGGAGAAAAUAGAAUUUCAAAUGAUAGUAAUUUAACAGUAUUAUUCAAAUAACCUAAAUUAAUUAAAUAAGAUUAAUUUAUUAUUAUUAGUUAUUUAGUGAGAGAUGAUAUAAAUAAUCUAUAAAUCAAAGCCAUUUUUGUUACUUUAGAUAACUAAUAUUAAAUUAUAUAAAAUAAUGUAUCAUUCAUAUUAAAUUAAGAUAUGUUAUUUGAAAUUUUAUAGAUUGAUAAUUAAUUACAUAUAGUUUAUACAUAUGACUAUUAUAGUUAUGCAAUUUACUUAAGUAUUUCCCAAUAUUCAAUAAAAAAUGGGUUAAUGAAUAAAUUAAAUGAAAGAACUUUUGGAGAUGUGUUUACUUUAACAAAGAAGUAUUAUAAUUUAAAAUUGGAAAAUACAUUUAAUCAAAAUAAGUUCUCAAUAUAAUUUACUGAAGUAGAUGUAAUAGAUUAAAUAGUUUAUGUAUAUGAUUAUGUUGAAUUAAAAUUAACAAAAUCUACAUUUACAACUUAUUAGCUCAAUUACAUAAAUUAUUUGCAAAUAUUUACAGUUUAAUAUAACAUUGUCAAUAAUAAGAAACUAAAUUUACAAUUCUUUAAUUAAAGAGUAAAAUUAUUAAACACAUUAUCCCUAGAAUCAAUAUAUGAGUAUUCUAAAAUAUAAGUACUAACAACUUAAUUCUUUAUAUAUCUGUUGUAUGCUGAAUCAUCUCAAUAAAACAUUAUAAAUAUCAAUGUGAAAUAAUAUGAUCUGAAUGGUAUACUAAUAGCUGAAAAUUAAAUUAGUUCAAAUGAAUAAUCUAUAGAUUAUUUAAAUGGUAAUUCUUAAUAAAAUGAAUUCCUCUAUAUAACUUGGAGUUCUAUAUAGAAUAGAAUGUCAUAUAAGAUGAGAUUAAAUUAAAAAUUAUAAGCAAUACCAUUUGAUAACUCAACAUGUGUAUCUUAAUGUGGAGAUUGUUCCAGCAAUGAUUAAAUUUUGUGUACUUAAUGUUUAGAUGGCUAUUAUUAUAAUGAAUAAAAAUUGAUUUGUUCACCUAUUUGUUCAGAUAAUUGUUAAAAUUGUACAUCUCCUUAUACAUGUGAUUAUUGCAAUAAUAAUUUUAAAUAUGUAGAUAAUAAAUGCUUAAAUGUUACUGAUUAUCAAUUAGAAAUACCAAUUUGUCAAUAAACAUGUAAUGGAAUAGGUUCAAUAUUAACUUUUAAUGAUAAUACUAUGAUAACAACCUUUUAUAAUUAUAAGAAUUAAUAACAUAGUUUAGAUUUAAAUAUAUAUUAAUUAGAAUCUAGUGUCAUUACAACUAAAUAAUUAAUUUCUUCAGAAACAGCAAUUCCUUAUCACAGAAUUUAUGAGUAUGAAUCUAAAAAGUUUGCACUUAUAUGGUUAAGUGGUAAUUGUAAAGUAUCAUGUAGAAUGAUGAUAUAAUUAUUCCAAAGUAGUCUUGUUGUCAUAACAAAUCCAGUUGAAUUAAGAAUGAUUAAAGUACUUAAUAUAGAUGAAUUUGAAAUUCAGAUCAAAAUAUUUAGUAGUAAUUUUAUAAUUGUUUGGACUGAAAUAGAUGAUAAUUUAAUUUAGUAGACAUAUGUUGGAAUUUAUAAUAUUAAUACUGGAUUUUCAAUAAAAUAAAAUAUUAAUGAAAAUUAAGAUGAUAUCUCAAUAAAUCCUUAAUUAUUGAUUUAGACAUCAUCCUAUUAAAUAAUAUAUAUUAAGAAUAAUAAUAUUAUAAACUCAUUAACUAUUGAUAGUACAACUGCAAAAUAUAAACAACUAUAUUAGAGUACUAAUUAAAUCGAUUCUAUUUCAUCUGAUAAUAUUGACAGCAGCGGAUUAGCUAUUGGUUGGAUAGAAAAUGAAAUUAAUUAAUUAGGGAUGUAAAAUUAUUAUCUAAAUGUUCAAUGGUUUGAUAGAUAAUUAAAUCAAUAAGCAGUUAAAAGAACUGCUCUAAACUCAUAUAUUAAAAUUAAGAGUCUAAGACUUGAUUAUAUUUCUUCAUCAUUAUAAUCAACCUUCAUAUAAAUUGAAAAGGGAGAGUAACAAAGAAUACGUCAAUAUUUUAUAAAUUUUAAUUUAUUAAAAUAUGGAUCAACAUAAGAUAUGUUAACAGUCCCAUUAAAUAUUUUAAGUUAAUAUUAGGCUAAUACAAAUAUAUUAACUUAUGUAGAUCCACGAAAUCUUAUGUCAUAUGUAGUAUUCUAAGGAACAAUGAAUAAUGUUAAUUAAAUAUUCUUUAUAGAAAAGAAAGGAUAAUAAUCAUAUCAAGAUAAUUGUGAAACAAAUUGUUUCUAUUGUAAUAAUUAAAAUGUAUGUGUAAUUUGCAAAUAAGGAUAUUCAUUAUAUAAUAAUAAAUGUUCUUUGAAAUUACCAGAUAAUUGUUAAACUGGUAGUAAUGGUAGAUGUUCAUAAUGUGCUAUUGGAUAUUCAAUCACAUCAGACUAUAAAUGUUAACUUAGUGAUUCAAAAUAUAAAGAAAUUAAAAUGAGUUAUUACCCAGCUUAAAGUAGAUAGCGAUUAUCGACAUUAUCAAAUGGAGAUUAUAUUGUUGUAUGGUCAACAAAAUUUUAUCAAAAUGAAGGAACUGGAAUUUAUAUGUCAUUGUAUAAUUCAUAAGGAGUUUAAUUGAAAGAUUAAAUGAGAAUUACUGAAUCAUCAGCAGGAAUUUAAUAAUAUCCUGAUGUUUAAGUAAUGAAUAAUGAUGAAAUAGUAGUUGUAUGGAUAGAUGGUAAUAUUUUAGUGAAUGCUGAUAUAAAGAUGUGUAGAUUUAAUAGAGAUUUCAUAAGAAUUGGAAGCGAAAUUACUGUAUAAACAAAUAUUCAUUUUUAAUAUGUUUAAUCAUUUGAUACACCAGUAAUCAUUCAAUAACUUAUUAAUGGCUUUGCUAUUGUUUGGUCAGAAUAAGGAAACUAGUAAUCAAUAUAACUUAUGACUAAAUUCUUUGAUAAUAAUAGUAAUGAACUUAAUUAAUAAAUUGUUACUGAAAAUGAAUCAAUAAUAAAUGAACCAGUUGUUGCAUCUACUUAAUCUAUUAUUGUGAUAGCUUGGUAAACAAACAAAGGAGUAUUUGCUAAUUCGUAUAGCUUAAAUCAAAUUUUAAUAGAUAGGGUGUAAUUAUCAAAUACCGGAGAAGCUCCAACAAUUACAUCUGUAGAUAAUUAUAUAAUUAUUGCUUGGAAAGAGUAUGUAAUUGAUGAAAAUGAUUUUAUGAGUUAGAAAAUAAGAUUUAGAAAAAUAUCAGGAGAUUUAAAUUAAUAUGAAAUAUAAAGCCAUUUUGGAAUAUCAUAAGAGAAUUUAGAUAAUCCUGAUGUGAUUUAAAUUGAAAAUGGAUUUGCUAUUAUUGCUGAAAGUGUAUCUACAUUAAAUGAUAAAGUAAGAGCAAUCUAAUUGUAAUUAUUUAAUUUGGAUGGUUCAUCUAAAUCAUAACCUAUUAUUGUCUAUUCUAUAUCUAAUUUAUAUCCACAUCACCCUUAAUUAAUAAACUAACCAUAAGGAAAUUUCAUAGCAUCAUGGAUACAAAGUACUCUAGUAUCAUAAAUCUUAAGUGAUGAUGUCUAUAUGAAAAGAUUUAAGAGUGACGGUACCUAAUUGUCAUUAAGUACAAUCAUUUGCCCUGACAAUUGCUUGACUUGCUCAACUAGUGAUGUUUGCUAAUCUUGUAAGAAAAAUUACAUCAUAUUAUCUAAUUAAUGUUAUCCAAAAAUUGAUAAUUGUGAAACUCAUGUAAUUGAAAAUUCAAUACUCUCUUGUAGCGAAUGUAUUAAUGGUUUUAAUUUGAUAAAAAAUAGUUGCUAUUGGGCUUAUUUUUCUACUAAUUAUUAAACAAUAGAAUUUAUAAUUGAUAAAUCAUAUUUUGAUAUAUUUAAAGUAAUAACUUUUUCAAAUGGUGAUCUAUUAUAUUUUUGGAUGGGAGAGGAUAAUAUAAUGACUCAAAGAUUUGAUAAAUAAGGUAAACGAUAUUCUAAUCCUAAAGUAUUAAAACUUUCAACAACUUGUACAAGUUGUUAAUAUUAUUUUGAUGUUUGCUAAUUUAAAUUAAAAGAGGAAAUAUUUGUAUUUUCCUUCAAGAUUUUCUAAAAUAAUUACAGUUCCAGUACAACUUAUAUUAAUAUUUUCAAUUUUAAUGAGGAACUUCUGUCUUCUAAUUCAAUCUUUUCUUAUUAAGGAGAAAUUAACUCUAUAAUCAAUUAAAAGUACUAGAAAUAAUUGACUAAAAUACUUUUAUUGGAAAAUAUGAAAUUAGGAUUAAUUCAUAUGGUUAUGCAAUAGGAAAUCCCUAUAUUAGAAUUAGUUAUUAUUCAGUUAUAUGUUGAUAGUUCAUUCAAAAUUAAUUUCUCUAAUUAAUAAACCUAAGCAAUUCAAUUACUAACUUAUUCUUAAUUUAAGAACUCUUUGGAUUUAGACAUAUAAAUAAUUGAUAAUGAAAUAAAAAUCUAUUAGAAAAAUGAACUCUCUAAUACUUGUAUAGAGACUAGUUUUGAUUUCUUUGGAGUAUAACUAAAUAAACAUGUGAUAAAGAAACAAAAUAAUAUGGUAGAAUAUAAAAUGAUUAAAUUGAAUUCAGACAGCUACUUGAUUGUUUGGACAGCCAUUGUAUCAUUUAAAUAUGAAAUAUUCUUUUAGAUUUAAUAAUAAGAUGGAAUUGCAUUAAGACAUGUUUAGCAAAUAUUUAGUGGAAAUGAAAUCUAUAAACUUGAUUUAUAAAUAAAUUAACUUUCAAAUUCCAUAUUGAUAACUUGGAGAGAAGGCUCUUAAUUUUAAGAUAUGACUUUGAAUUCUGUUUAUAAAGGAGUUUUUAUAUCUAAAGAUACUUAUGUAUUGACAAAUAUUGCAUCUCCAAUUAAUUAAGAGAAUACUUAUACUAAAUCAUUAGGAAAAGUUGAAGUUUUAGAAUUACCAAAUAGAGAUAAAAUAAUUAAUAUAUUGUUUUACAACAUUUUGUCUUAAACUUAAAUAAUCAAAUCAUACAAAAUUAAUGAUGGAGGCAGUUAGGUAGAUUUUAUUUAGAUGAGGUGCGGAUAUGCUUGCCAAGAAUGUAAUUAUGAAGGAUUCUGUUUCAAAUGUACAAAUCCUGAUUUAUUUAUAUUAUAAGUUGAUGGAAAUUGUGUUAAGAAACCUCAAAAUUGUGUUAAUUUCAAAUCUAAUUGCUUGGAUUGUAUUGAUGGUUAUUACAAAACUCAAUAUCUUACAUGUGAGAAAAUUAAUUAAUAAAUUGAAAAAAGCGUUCCUUUAGAUUAUCAAAGUUACUAUUUAUUUUACUAUUAAGUUGCCACCUACUAAAAUGGUAAUUUUGUGGUUGUAGGUUUCAAAGAGAGUAAUGUUAUUGAAUUAAAUUAUUUUCUAAGUGAUGGAACUGCUUAGAUACAAAAACAAUAAAUAAUAAACCAUAUAAAUAUAAAUAAGAUUAAUGAUAUUUCAAUAACUAUUGAUGAUAAAGAUUAACUUAUAAUAUUUUAUUCAGUAUUACCCUUAGUUUUUACAGAAAACAAUAUGUAUUAUUAUCAAUAAUUUGAUAAAAACUUUAAUAAUCUUACAGAACCAAUAUUAUUUUAUUCUGGUUUGCAAUAAUAUGAAACUACAACUAUUAAAGCCAAGAUCUUGAUUGGUGGAUAAUUUGCAAUAUUAAUUAAGAGUAGAUUUGAUAUUUAUGUUUAUAUUAUGAAAUCUAAUUUUGAAUUUGUUGGUGAUAUAAAAUAACCAUUUAGUGAAAACUUUGAUAUAAUAUCCAAUGGAGAAUUAAUUGCAUUUGCUUAUAUAAAAGAUACAAUUACAAUCAUUAAUUUCUUUGAUUUAAAAUUAAAAGUAAUUUAACAUCAAAUUGUUAAUGAUGGAGGACUAAUUAAAUUGGCCUCUAAUGCAUUUAAAUAAUUUAUUAUAGUUACCAAUUAUUAAAUCAAUAUAAUUGAUUAAGGUUCAAUAAUAUCAUCUUAUAAUACUACCCUACAAAGUUUAUACCCAAUACAAAUAGCCAUAAGUGAUAUCAAUGAAAUUGUAAUCCUUUCGUACUAAAAGAACUCUAAAUCUUAUCAUUUACUUUAUUUUUCAAUGUAAGGACUACUUAAAAACUUUGUUUAAGUUAAUAUGAAUUAGUAUACUGAAAUUCCUAUACAAAAUAGUUGGUUAUUGAAGUUGUAAAAUAGUAAUUUUCUUGUCUUCUUUCAUAUAGGAAGUUUAAACUAUAAUUCUAAGUUAAAUUUUGCAAGAUUUGAUUAAUUGGGAAUAUCAAGAUCUGUAAACGAAAUUAUAUGCCCUCAAAAUUGUAUAUCCUGUGUAUCAUCUUCAGAAUGUGAUAUUUGUAGUUUUGGUUUCGAAAAAAAUGAUGAAACUAAAUUGUGUGAAAAAUUUUGUAUGUAAUUUGAGUGUCGCAAAUGUAUGUUGACUGAUUGUUAUGAAUGCUCUAAUGGAUUCUAAUUGGAUGAAUUCGGACAUUGUUAAAUAAUUGAUUAAUCAAUUGAACAUACUAAAGAUCCAUAUAAUCCAAGUUAUUAAGAAGAAGUGAUAGACCCAAAUAUUCCAGGAGUCGCAACAGAUCCAGUGGACCCUAUAGAUAUAAAGGAUCCAACAGAUCCAACUAAUCCAACAGAUCCAACAGAUCCUAAUAAUCCUACCGAUCCAACAGAUCCUACUAAUCCUACCGAUCCUACAGAUCCAACAAAUCCUACUGAUCCAACAACUCCUACUGAUCCAACAACUCCUAAGAAUCCAAUCAAUAUAGGAACCAUUGAACAUCCCAUAGGAGAUAAAUGUAAUGUAAUUAUGCAAAAUAAAUUAAUAAAUUUUACAGAUAAUAGAUAUGCUUUCAUUCAAAUUUGCAAUGAGAUUAUGAGUGCCAAAUUAUUUAAUAAAGAUGGUGUAGAAAUAUAGAGUUUUGUCAGUUAGAUUGAAAUAGUGAUAUUCUUUGAUACAGUCCUAGUUCAAGAUUAAAUGUUCUUAGCAUUUGUUUUUGCAAGAAACCCAACUUCGACUCAAAUUUUUUCAAUUGAUAAUAGUUUUCAAACCCUUGUUUUUAAAUUUGAGACAAUUUAGGAACUCACUAUUUUAGAUAUUUAAAUUCAGCCUUUGAACCACAAUGUUGCUAUGUUAAUAUCAAAUAAUAAAAUGGUUUAAAUUGAUGAUUUAUUUUUGGUUUGCUAUUCUUAAACUUUAUAAAUAUUUGAUGAUUAUUUAGGAUUAAUGACUAAUAAAAUAAAUUUUAAUUUUCCAAAUGGUAUUAUUACAAAGGAUAAUUGUAAUUAAAACAAAAUAUCUGAAAUCAAGGUUGUUGAACAUCGUGUUUAUGCAUUAUCAAUAAAUUUAUAAGGAGGGUAACUAUAAAUUUUUGAUCAUAUUGUAACAACACUAGACACUUUUUAAAUAGAUAUUCCUAAUAUUGAAAAAAUUAAAUUUGAAGUUACUCUAGGCAAUAUUAUAAUUAUUUAUAAGACUAUUGAUGCAUAAAAUUGGACUUUAAAAAUUUAUGAUAAAUAUUUAAUUAUUUUUAUUGUCAAAGUUGAUUUUAUCCCUGGAAACUCUGAUAUUUAAUUAGCUAUUGUAGCUAACAAUUUAUUCAUAUAAUGGAAUCAAAAUGAUAACCUUAUGAGGUCCUUUUAUGAAUUCUUAGAUUUAUAAGGAAAUUAACUUUCAAAAGGAGAAAUAUUUAGUGAUUUUUAGCUUAAUAGUAUUUAAUUAAGUGUUUUAAUGGAUACUUAUGUUGCAUUUACUUGGAAAAAAAUAAAUGCAAAUAGUCAAUGGGAAAUUACUUAUGCUCUCAUGAAUCACAAUGGAGACUUUGUAAAUUUUUUAGAGUAAACGUGUUCUAAAAAUUGUAAUUACUGUAUAAGUUAUGAAUAAUGUAUGACAUGUGAGACUAAUUAUGUUUUAAAAUAUGUUGAUUCUAACAACAACUAUUGUUAGAAAGAAUGUGAUUAGAAUUGCUAGACUUGUGAUUAGAUGGGAAAUUGUUAAUUUUGUAAAAAUUUUUAUGAAAUUAAAAAUGGUUAAUGCGUUUUAAAUGAAUUAUAAGCGAAAGCAAUCCGUAUAAAUUAAGAAGCAUAAAAUAAUUUGAUCUAAUAAUAGGGGGCUAAAUUUAGUGAUGGAUCAAUAAUAGUGGUUUGGUCAAGUAAUUUUUAUGAAGGUGAUGAUUUUGAAGUAUAUGGUUAAUUAAUUAAUAAUUUUGGAGUUAAAAUUGGAGAUAAUUUAAAAAUAAAUACUAAUACGCAAGGUCCUUAACAUUCUCCAAAAGUAUUAGUAUUAUAAGAUGAUACUGCUUUAAUCAUUUAUAUUGAUGGUGAUCCUAAAAUAAGUCAGGCGACAAUAAAAGCUUAAAAAUUUGAUAAGUAAAUGUAAAGAAUUGGUAAUGAAUUUUAAGUUGGUACAAUUGAAUCUUAUUCAAAUGAACCAUCCAAUCCUAAUUAUUUUCAAGCAUAAAGCUUAAAAAAUGGAGGAUUUUUUAUUGGAUAUAUACAAAGGUCAUUCUAGACACAAGAUUUGAUUUUUUUAAACUUUUAUGAUUCAUUAAGUAACCUGGUAAUUCAGUAAUCAAUCUAAGGAGAUUUAUUUUUAUUUGAAAAAUCUAUUGAUUUUGUUACAACAGAUGUUAAUAUUGCUUUAUUUUAUGCUUCUAAUAUUUAUGGAUGUAUGGUUCAUUUGUACUCAUUAGACGGAAAAUAAAAAUUAUUAACCAAGUCUUUGGAAAAAUUUAAUAAUCACUAUCGUGAAAAUAUAAUUAUAGGUCAUACACAUAAUUUUUAUGCAAUAGGAUAUAUAUUGUUUGAAGAAAGUAAUAGAAUAGUUUAAGUAUAAUUAUUUGAUGAAUAAUUUAAUGAAUUAGGAAAUCCUAUAACAAUUAGAUAAGUAGAACAUUAUAUACCACAAAUUUAAAUGAAUAAAGGUGAUUAAGGAUUAUACUUUAUAAUUUAAUUGAAUAUUAAUUAAUAACAGUUUUAGGAACUUUAUUUAAUAAAGGACCAAUAAUAUUCUUUAUUAAAUACAUUCUAUUUAGAUAUUUAAUAAAGAUAAAUGUAAUCGAGACAGGAAUAUCUUUAAAUUAUUUAAUCAUAGGAUCAGUAAUAUUUUAUACUAUGGUCAAGGAAAUUCUAUUUUGGAAUUCAGGAUAUUUAUGACUUUUAUUUUUAGCUGUUAUCAUAUGAUUCAUAAAUAAUAGCACAAAGUUAGAUAACUUGUCCAUUGAAUUGUUAGUAAUGUUAAGAGUCAACUAUUUGUGAUCUAUGUCUUGAUCACUAUUAGAAAAAGGAAGAUAUUUGUAUUCCUAUUUGUGAAGUAGGGUGUUCUUUAUGUGCUUUUCCAUAUUUUUGUAAUUUAUGUUAGAAGGGUUAUUAUUUAAAAUCAGAAGGUAAAUGUUAUGAAAUUCCUAUUUAAUAAUAACCUUUAGUUUUAUAUGAAUAUGAAAGAGGUGAUAGGAUUUUUUAAGUAUAAGCUGUAAAUGAAAUUGAUAGAGUGUUUUUUUCUUAUAGCAGUCACUUAAAUGUUAAAGUUUUUAUUGGAGAAUAAUUAGUCAACAGUUUUUCAAUAACUUAAUAGCCAAUAGAUGAUAUGUAUAGAUGGAAAUAAACAUUUUAUUUCGAUGAAAAUAUCAUAUUAAUAUUCUAUUUUGAAAAUGAUGUAUAAGUACAAAGAUAUGAUAUUAAUUCAAAUUUAAUUAGUUAAGAAAGAUUAGACCUUUUAUAAUUUACAGAUUUUUAGAUUUAAUAUGAUGCCUUAUUAUUAGAACCAAUAUAAGGUUAAUAAUAUAUCCUUACAUUUUAUAAAUAAAAACAUAAUCCAAAUUAAAUUUACAAUUUAUUUGAAACAGUUAUCUAUUAUGUUAAAUUAGAUUUAAGGUUAUAUAAAAUAGAAAAUGUUUAGAUUAUUUUUAAAUCUGUAGAUAGUGUACCAUUUAAUAUUCAAAAAGAUUAGGAUUCUUUUUAUAUUUAUUUCUAUGAUAAGAAUUAUAGAAUAAGAAAGGAUAAAAUUGAAUAAUUAUUCUGUUAUAAUUAAAGAGAAUAUACCAUUAGCUAAUGCAAUAUACCCUCAGAAGAAAAUUGGAAUAUAAUUUAAUUAUUUAAUGUUGGAAGGUAAAAUGAACUUUUUGAUAUCUUUACACAUAUCAGCACUUAAUACAAAAUUUUAGGUGGAUAAGGAGAAAUAAUAAUGUAAUCUACAAAUGUUUUAAAUUAAGGUUUAAAGAGAUAAAUAUUUGUUAAAGUAUUUAAAUAUAUUCAUUCAUUUGUAAUCAUCAUUGAAGAACAAACUGAUUUAUAAUAUAAUGAAUACAAAUAAUUAGUUGCUUAAUUUAUUUAUAAUACUGGCAAAAAAAUUGGAGAUUAAAUAUAUAUUUGUUCAUUACCUUAAAAUUUUAUAAAUAUUGUUCAAUACUAAAAUGGAUUCAAAAUAUAUAUAUAAUAAGAAGAAUGCUAAGAUGAUAUAUGCAAAAAUAAUUUAAUAUAAAGGAUAUUUGAUAGAGAAAAUGAUCUACCAGAUCCAACAGAAUCGUAAAUACUAAUUAAUGACCCUGUAAAGGAUGGAAAAGGUAUUGAAAUUUAAGAAAAAUGUGAUUAAGAACCAAUUAAAUAACUUAUUAAAUACUCUAAUAAUAAUUAUGGAAUAGUAUAUAUUUGUUAGGAUAUUUUCAGAAUGAGAAAAUUCAAUUAGGAUGGAAUAGAAAUCAAGUUUGUUGAAAUUACUCUCGAACUUAUUCAUCUAUUUGAUAUUACUUUAGUGGAUGAUCAAAUUUAUGUUAUUUUAGUUUAUGUAUCAGAUAAAACAAUUAGUAAGAUUUAUAAAUUAGAUGAUAAUACAAAUUCUUUGUUAUUUUAAUUUGAUCAUGUAUGUGAAUUAGAGAUUUUAGAUAUUAAAAUUGAAAAUUUGUAGAUGAAGUAUCUCAUAUUCAUAACAUGUUUGAAGAAUUAUGUAUUUGAUAGUGGAUCUAAAAUUGGACGGUCUUAAUCAUUAUUUGUUUAUGAUAGAUAAAAUUUGAAAAUCUUUGAAAAAUUUGAUUUUAAUAAUCCUGCUAUAUUUACAAUUAAUGAUUGCGAUAAGUACAUAAUUUAAGAGAUUAAAGUUUUAUAUGACUAAAUAUAUUUAGUAAAAGUCAAUAUUGAAUAUUAUGAAAUAAUUUAAAUAAAUGAUUUUGGGGUAUUAUUGUAUACAAAUACUGAAAAUAUAUCAAAUAUAUCGAGAAUUAAGUUAGAAAUAAGUAAUGAAUUGGUAGUAUUCAUGUAUAAAAAAUAUGGCUAAAUUGAUUGGUCCUUAACUCUUUGUACAGAAAUUAGAAAUUGUUGGUAUCAUGGUUAAAACUAUUUGAAUGGAGUGUAAGAUUUUUCAAUUGCAAUAAUUUAAAAUAAAUUUGUGAUAUCUUAUAGUGAGAAAUUAAAUUAAAAGCUCUUUUAUAAAGUAGUGGAUAAUAAUAAAAAAGUAAUAUUUUCAGAUUCAAUAUCAAUUGAUUAAUAAAUAAGUAGUCCAAUAUUAGUAAACUUUAAUAGUUAAUAUAUUGGAUUUACAUGGUAAUUUAAAAACAAUUUAGGAUAAUGGGGAUUAUAAUUAUCAAUAAUUAAUAAUGCUGGCAAUUUAGUUAAAUAUAUAACUAAUGUUUGUUCAGUUAAUUGUGAUUAAUGCAAAAGUAAUACUCAAUGUAUUAAAUGUUUAGAUGGAUAUUAAUUAUUUUAUGAUAAAGAUGGUUAAAUUAGUUGUCAAAAAGAAUAUAGUUCUUUUUGUUAAUAAAUAAUAAACGGUUAUUGCAUCUUUUGUCCUCCAUAACUUUAUCCUUAAGAAAGAAAUUGUGUACAAGAUCACUUCUAAUAAUAUUCACUAGUUGUUAAUGAAUUAAUGACUUUUACAUAAACUUAACCAUUUUUAGCUGGAUUUAGUGAUGGUUCAAUAAUGAUAAUUUGGAGUAGCAAUUAUUAAAAUGGAUUCAAUUGGGGUGUUUAUGGUUAGAUAUUAGAUAGUUAGAGAUAAAAAAUAGGAAAUAAUUUUUAAGUGACAUAAAUUGCUCAAGGAAAUCAACAUUCUGCUUAUAUUCAAAUAUUAAAUGAUGAUACUGCUAUUAUUUUAUAUAUUGAUGGUAAUCCAGAAGAAGGAGCUUUGCUUAAAAUUGCCCGAUUGACUAAAGAUUAAUAAAGAAUAGGUAAUGACUUAGAUGUUGAUAUCAUUAAAUUGAAUUGGUUUAAUAUUAAUUAUGAUUAAAUUGCAAAAAUUAUCAAAUUAUAGCAUGGAGGAUAUGUGGUUGGAUAUAUAACAACACUAGGGGAUCAGUUAUAAGUAUUAAAAUUAAAGUUUUAUAAUUCUGAUCAUUAAGAAGUAAAGGCAUAAGAAAUUUAAAAUUAUUUUGAUUCUAGAAUCUAGCUAUCAUCAACUGAAUAGAAUGUAGCAAUUAUAUUUCAAAAUAUAGUUUAUAUUUAUACAUUAGAUGGAAUAUAUCUUACAUCGAAAGAAUUUAUAUUAUCUGAUAGAUUACCUAUGAAUUACUUAGGCAGUUUCUCAUAAUAGUAUGUUAUUGUAUCCUAUUCUUCUGAAAUUGACAUCUUAUCAGUAAAUGCUCAAUUUUAUGAUUAAAACUUCUUACCUUAUGGUAAUUAAAUAUUGAUAAAAGAGAUUCUCGUAAAUCAAGGUAGUGGUUUCACUUAUAUUCAAUUUAUUUAGAUUGA